UUGUACGGCAACGUUAUACAUUUAUUUCUGUGCCACAUUUCUCAUUUCGGCACGCUUGUUCAAAAAUACUGUUUGUUGAUCGCUUUGAAAGGAGAUCUAAAUUUACAAAUGAAUUCUGUAAAAAACCUGGCAUUACUGAGACUGAUUUGCCUCUUCGUCCUUUUUAUUUUUGAUUUGUUAUCUUUUGGAGAGUCGAUGAAAGUUAUCUUGAAAUACAAGUGUCAAUGGUCCAAUGUCAAGGACAUGCCAGAGAUUGUGGACCUUAAAGUAAUGAGCUCAAAAGUUUCAACAGAACUGCAUCUUUCCAGAGUUUCGCACAUUCAAAAUGACCUGCCUGUAUUGACUCUCAGUGUUGAUGAUUAUGGCAUGAUUGUUCAUACUAAAGCUAAUCUUGAUAAUUUACAGCAGAUGAUUGCUUUUUAUCAAGACUUAGAGCAUAAUGCAGCUAUGCAGGUCACAAGGUAUGACGAUACAUCAAAACCUGGGCAGCAUUUAACAUUUAUGGGGCAGUUUGUUAUGGAUGGUAUUCAGUAUACACUUGAAAAGGCUUUUGCUGCAAGAAGUCCAACAUCUUCAUUUGAUCAAUAUGUUUUAAAAUAUCCUUUGAAUAUUAAAAAAACUGAUAACAACCGUAUCAGGCCAGACCAUGAUGUCAAGGUAAUCAGGAGUAAUAGACAGCAUCUAAGUCAUUCUUCUACUCAGUCCGAUGGUGACAGAAGGGACAAGCACAGAAGACCAAGGCAAGCAUCCACUGACUACAGUAUUGACACUGUGGUGAUUGUUGACUACAAGGCGUACUUGAGAUUCUAUCAUAACGCUGGAGGAAACAGAUCCUUGGCAUUGCUUAAUAUUAAGGAAUACUACAGUUUUAUUAUAAGUGGUUUGGAUAUGUUAUAUCAAGAUAUUAAACAUGCUGAUUUCCGGAUUCGUGUUUAUCUUAUGAAAAUUAUAGUUGCUGAGACAAAAGAAAGUUCAAAUUUCACUGAACAGUAUCAAGUGCCGGACACUCCGUUGAACACAGUGGACAAUGAUGAUGCCCUGGAUGCCUUGAGGGAAUAUGUUGUUGGUCCUGGCUCAGUGGCUGUAUUUCCCAGUGACCAUGUCAUGCUCUUCACUGGGUAUGACCUAACAAGCCAAGAGUUAAAUGGUGUUUCAAAGGCAAAUGCAGGCAGGGCUUAUGAGAGUAACUUGUGUGAUGAAAAUGGCUACAGUACCUCUGUGGUUGAAGAUACCAUGGGCCUCAAUAGUGUACACAUUGCUGCUCAUGAACUAGGUCAUGUUCUUUCUGCAAAGCAUGAUGGGUACGGCAAUAGCUGUGACUCAUCUGCUCGUUACAUCAUGGCAACAACUCUAAUACCUGCCACUAACACAACAGAACUGAACCCUUGGAGAUUUUCAGAAUGCAGUGAGAAGUAUAUCAUAGACUAUAUCACAUCUUUGUCAAAUACCAGUGCAGGUAAGAAAUGUUUAUUGGAGCGACUGCAAGCAGAAGAUCAUCUUAACAAGUCUGAUCAGAACUUACCUGGCUUGAAAUACUCACCUGACAACCAGUGCAAGAUGAUUUAUGGGAACUUAUCAUAUCUCUGUCCAGGCAUCAAGUCUUAUGACCUAUUCAUAGAGUCAGCCAAGAUUUGCACACAAAUGUUUUGCUAUGAUCCGGUGCGAGACUCUUGUUACAAUACCUUACCGGCCCAGGGCACUGUAUGUGGAAAUGGAAAGGUGUGUAUGAUGGGUGAGUGUGUGACACAUCCACUGGCCCCAGUCCUCAAUGAAACCUGCAUGUUUGGUGACGACCAACGCUACAACUUCAACAACAAGAGCUGUUCCCAGAUAGUCUCUGACUCUCCAUACUACUGCUUUGAAGAUGAAGAUGUUGCUACUUACUGCUGUGCCUCUUGCCAAGCCAUCAAUAAAUCAAAUCCUGAUUUAUGUGGGAAAGACAACCCAAAUAUGAAUCUUAAUGGCAUGCGAUGCCCAGAAGCCAUCCGUUUUGCAUCCUACUUCUGCUACAAUGCUCAAAUCCAGAAGCAUUGCUGUGAGUCUUGCCGUGCGGUCAGAACCCAUCUCCCAGGCUGUGAAUAUGGAGACCAAGUAGGUAAUUGUAAGAAGGCUGAUUGCAAGAAUGACUUGGAAUAUCUCAAAGACUGUUGUGGGACAUGCAGUGUUCAAGAAAAUUCAGAGGUAACUACUGAAUCAUCCGGCAGUUCAUCUGUGACAUCGGCUCUGACAGGCAAAUUAGCCAGUGAAGUGGCAAUGGAAGCCACAACAGCUGCCUCAACAACAACAGCGCCUGGAACAUCUUCAGACUUAAAAGAAUCCGUUCCCCAUUUGACUGCCCAGCAGGGACAUACAACUCAUGUAAAUACUCUUAUACCUGAUGCAACAACUCAAGCUCCAGCAUCUACCACAUUAUCCAACUCUUUGAAAUCUGUGCAGUGGGCAACAAGCACAGUAAAGACAACACUGCAAGGGAAUGCAGGGCCAACACUUUGGAACCACAAAACCACCACAAGUCCACCAUCCAAAGCCAAUGCCCAGUUAAGGCAGUACCUCUUUCAACAAAAGCAGCAGACCCAGCAUCACCUCCUUAAGCAACAGCAAACUAUGGAGCGCCUCCUUCAUCAUGACCUCCUGCACCAGGAGUACACACUGCCACACCAUCAGGCCCUCCUGAAGCACCUGCUGCGGCACUACUUCCAACACCAGAAGAACCUCCUCGAUCAAUACUUGAGCCAGCAGCGAGCGUUGCUGGAGGAGCAUCUUCGAAACCAUGUUUUAUUGGAGACAUUAUGCAAGGGUUAAUAAACCAUUCAUCCGUAGGAGCUUCUACUUCCCUCAACACUAUUGAAUGCUAUUAUGUUAAUGUUAAUACAUGUUUUGAAUGUUUAGAAAGUGUAGCACACUUUUAUAGAUGGCUGAAAGUAAUUGUUUGUUAGAGAUAAAAUAUUACAUUUAUC